AUGCUGGCCUGGCCUUUUCAGAGUGGCGGGUAUGAUCUCAACCUCUUCACCAGCCCUCCCGACAGCAACUUCCUGUGCUCUGUCUGCCAUGGGGUUCUCAAGAAGCCAGUGAGGUUGCCAUGCAGCCACAUCUUCUGCAAGAAGUGCAUCUACCAGUGGCUAGCCAGACAAAAGACCUGUCCAUGCUGCAGGAAAGAGGUGAAACGGAAAAAGAUGGUCCAUGUGAAUAAACUCCGAAACACCAUUGGCCACCUGGAAGUUAAGUGCAAGAAUGCCGAAGCUGGCUGCUUGGUGACGUGCCCCCUGGCCCAUCGCAAGGGGCACCAGAACUCAUGCCCUUUCGAGCUAAUGGCCUGCCCCAACGAGGGCUGCAUGGCGCGAAUACCUCGUGGGGCCUUGGCCGAGCACCAGCAGCACUGCCAGUAUGGUAUCCAGCAGUGCGGCCCCCUGGGCUACGGGGCGACCCUGGACCUGGCAGAGCCUGUGCGCCACAACUGCCACCACGAGCUGCGGGAAGCCUGGGGCCAUCGCCAGGAGCGUAGCCAGACUCUGGUUCUGUGCCUGCUCCAGCAGGUGCGCAAGGUGUACCGCACCACCAACCUCAUCCGCCAGCAGUUAGUCCAGCUGGGAAACUUCCUGGAGGACGGCGCACUGCUCCCAAGCGCCCGGCAAGAGGAUGCUGAGGCCACCACAGAAGCCAGUAUUGGGGCUGAGGUUGGAGGGUCCAGGGCCAAAGUACCUUGUAAAUUGAGGGGUAAAUAA